AUUUGAAUUUCAAAUGCAAAUUUACUUCAUAAACUUUAUAAAGCAAAAGUUUAAAUCAAAAAAGUUAUAGCAGAGUAUUUUAGAAUAUGCCUCUCAUUAGUUGUUUACUGUUCGUUCUAUUUAGUUAACUGCUUUAAUUAUCAAAAAGAAGUAGACAGUACAAAUUGUUGAUUAUAGGUUAUACAUGCCCUAUUCUGUUAUAGAAUGCAAAAAGUAGUUCAAUCAGAAACCAUUUUGAAUAUAGUUAAACAGUUUUUGACUGCGAUUCCAUUGAAACAAUUUGUGUGGAUUGAUCAAGAACUGUCUUUACAGAAUCAGCGGGAAUUAUUAAAUUUGACACUAAAUUCAAGUUUAAUUCUGGAAUUACCGAUCAAUGUGGAAUAUCAAAAGGGUUUUCUCAAAUCUCUUUUAAAGAAACUGGAAGAUGAAAAUGUUGAAAUUUUGGAUGACUUGUAUAUAGCUUACGGUCGAUUAGUUUCAACUCCACCACAACAUGAGUAUUUCAAACAUUACCUGAUUGGGUCUGUCAACAAUAUAAUAAGUUUGAAAGAAAACAUCAAUUUAAUAUCUGAUGGUACUACAGGAUUACGCACGUGGCAGGCAUCAUUGGCCCUAUCAGAAUGGUGUUUGAAAAAUAAGUUGUCACUUGAAAAUAAAAAUAUUUUGGAGCUUGGUUCAGGUGUUGGACUUACAGGAUUGGUGCUAAUACUAAAAUGUUUCCCAAAGAAAGUCUAUUUCAGCGAUUGCCAUAAAGCAGUGCUGAAAGCACUAUGUGAUAAUAUUAAUUUAAAUUUGUUGAGAAAUGGAUCAACAUUUGUGGUAAACAGUCAACUAUUUGAAAACUGCUUAUUAGAUCAAAUAGUAGGAAAUUAUACUGAAGUUAGGGUUUUGAAUUUACCAUGGGAAGAAGUGGAUAGUGAAUGGUGUAAAAAGAUUGGACAAUUAGAUUAUAUUGUGGCAGCUGAUAUAGUCUAUGACAUUGAACUUUUUAAACCCUUGUUUAGAGCUUUGGUCUUAUUAACAAAAUUUUGUCAUGUACCGGAAUUGAUUUUUGCCUGCACUGAGAGGAACGCGAGUACUUUGAAACAUUUUCUGGAAGUUAUAAAUGAAACUUUCAAGAUCGAGACCCUGGAAACACCUGAACAGGACAAUUUUAUUUCGUGGGAUAGCUCUGUCGUUCACAUUUUUAAAUUUACACCCUAUUAAGUUUGGUUUCAGAAAAUUUGUCCGCCUGAGGAAGUGUGCUUAAUAGAGGUGUCCACAAGGAAAGGUUACACUUUAUCUCAUUAUAGAAGCUAGUGGAAAUAGCAUAUAGGCAUAACGUUUUAAAUUAAGUCAGAUAACAGUGCUAGUUUAGUAAGUGUGUUCGCUAGACUUUAAGAAUAUUUAGUAGACAGUUGACAGUCGUAAGCGUUUAUAAAUAUAACGUUCAAUAGCAGUCUGCGCAAUUUUACUUAAUUAAAAUAUCAUACCACUAUUUUGUUUUAACAAAUGUAAUUUCAUAAGGCCGAGCUGUUAAUGUACUUUUAAUAUUGCGAAUGUAUGGCUAUAGUGCAUGUAAAUUUAAGCAUUCACCUUGAUCGUGAAGUGCAAUACCCAGUUAAUAAUAAAACGAUUUAAUGAAUAAAUUGAAAAUUAAAUAUUGUACUUAUAGGACAAGAGUUGUCGACUACUUGUCGUUUGAAAAUUUUCACUUCGUUAAAGUCCACGAAAAAUUUAUGUUAUUAUUAUAAAUGGUAAAAUACUAAUAAUAAUAAAUAAGUUGAUUUUAAAUCACGCAUAACAAGCAGCCGGAUUUGUUAAACAUAGAAAUAUAAAAAAUGAACGAGUAUUUGUAAAACAACUUAGGUCUAAAUAUCAUCAGAACAGAUUUUUUAGUUUUUUUUAAUACAUAAUAACUGGUUAUUCCUGGCGGUACAGGUCACAACUUGGCAACAAGAACAGUAGUAGGCAUAUAAGUGCAGGUACAGUCAGGUUAAUAGUGCUAGAAUUAAAACACUUGUAGUUAUGAUAAAGACACAAACUGUAAUUGAAAAUAAGAGGAAUAAAAAAAGAAAG